GAAAACAGUCCUAAGUUGAUUGAUUGCACCAGUGAUGGGUUUCAAAAAGCAUUAAAACAUCACUAGUUAUUGAUUACAGCUAACGAGGUUGAAAGAGUGGAAGAUCGAGAGCGGUGGUGGUACUUGAUCAUCCGCGUUAACUAUGGCAUGGCAGUCGACACAUUCCUUCUGCUCAGUGGUUUGUUGGUGACGUAUCUCUUCAUGAAGCAGAUGAAGAAGACAGGUGGACAGUUUACAUGGAGAGACUACGGUCUACACGUCUUACACCGUUAUUUCAGGUUGACGCCAGUGUUCGCCUUCCUGCUCAUGAUUUCCACGUGCCUGAUGGAGUACAUGGGGUCUGGACCGUGGUGGGCUGUCCGUGACAACUGGACCAUAGCUUUCACCAUGUCUACAGUCCAAGUCUGCCGGGAGUACUGGUGGGCAAACCUGCUCUACAUCAACAACUAUGUUGGAUAUAAGUGUUUUCCGCAUGCCUGGUACCUUGGUGUGGACAUGCAGCUGUACGUAACACUUACAGGGCUGCUCGUAGUGCUUUACAGGUACCCAAAAGUUGGAGUUGCAGUUGCCUGUUUUUUGAUCGGAUCCACUUGGCUUCUGAAUGGAGUUUUACACUAUUUCUUGGUCGACGUGAAUUUCUAUAGGUUCACGACUUGGUCGUUCAUCAGGAUGGACUCAUACCUUAUCGGCAUACUGCUGGGCUACCUGCUCUUCAGGACCGACAGGAAAGUCCCGGACACUCCUAAUGCAAGGAAGCUGAUGUUGCUAGGCUGGAUUGUUGGCACUACCUGCGCCCUGGUGGCCUUGGUCACCCUAUUCGGUGCUUCCGAAGCCAACCUCCCAUUCGGUGCUCCCGAAGCCAACCUCCUCGGCCAUGCUGCCUGGAGAACUUUUGAAAGAAGUUUGUUUGCUGCAGGAGUUGCUUGGGUUGUGUACGCCUGCUGUGUGGGAUACGGAGGUAUCAUCUCGGAGUUCCUGUCGUGGAGCGGUUGGCUGCCGUUAAGUCGCCUGUCCUACACGGCCUACCUCGUCCAUCCCAUAAUCAUACAGGCCUACUACAUGGAUUACAAGGGCCCAUGGUUGUACUCAGCCGUCACGUGGUGGUUCAUGUUCGUGAGUUUCUCCUUCAUGUCCCUUGUGUGUGGUUUUGCUGCCUCCAUGAUGGCGGAGGUUCCCUUCCUGGAACUGGAGAAGAUCCUCCUUCCCAAACGCAGGGGAAGGGAGACUAAAUAUGAGACAACUGCUGAGGACGGCCAUGACAACAUAGCCAUGAAAACAGUUGAGUGUGACCCAGACCCACCACUGCCACCCCAUGACGGCAAGGGCACCUCUGGUCCCAAUGGAUGUUAGAACUGACUCCAACAUUCCUGUCUGCAACAGCAAG